AUGCUGGUCCCAUCCCCCUGGUUACAUGCCUCCCAGCAGCCAGUAGCUCUGCAGCAGUGGGCUCAGCACUUCUUGUGGGGUCUCAGCUCAAGGGGCCUGGAGCAGACGACCGGGGCCACCAGGGCCCCCGCAGCUGGGCUCCUCGGAGCUGCUUCCCUCGGGAAAGACAGCAGCCAGGGCCUCAAGGCUGAGCAGUUCCCCUUCAGAGAAGCUAGCCCGGACACAGAGGAGCCUCUGUCCACUCACCCACUGGAUGCCCUGGGGACCUUGGCAGGGAUGUCCCGGCUGGACUGGCAGGGGCUUCGGCUCUGCUCUUCACCAGGCUGGUGCUUCACGGGUCUCGGAAGACACUGCCCACUGGAGACCCCACUGGUGAAGGCGCGAUGCUUCCUGUUCUAA